AUGACGGCCGCACCUAAGAAAUCCCUCGCCCUGUCACCGCCUCCAACUCCUCAAACCAUCGGCGGUGGUUCGUCUUUUCCAGGCGUACCCACCAUAGCAUCUCCUCCCAGCUCGCCUCGCCUGAAAGACAAAGUCUGCAUCAUAACCGGUUGCAACAGUGCUCUCGGCAUUGGCAGAGCUUCAGCGUACGAGUUUGCCUCUGCAGGAGCCAAGGCACUGAUCCUAUCCGACUUUGACCCUUCCAACCUGGACAAUUGGAAACAAGACAUUGAGAAACUGUAUCCGGGAACACAGGUCGUGGUACAAAAGGUGGAUGCGGGAAACGAGGAGGAUGUUAAAGCGGUAGUGAAGUUGGCCGUGGACAAGUGGNGAAGGCUGGAUGUCUUCUUCGCCAAUGCUGGUAUUGGAGGAACCAUGGAAAGAGUCUACGAGGUUGGCAAGAAGGAAGGAAAGUCCGAGGAAGAGUUUAUGAGAACUAUGAAAGUGAACGCAUUGAGUGUCUUCCUAGCAACAAAGCAUGCCGCCAACGCAAUGUUGCAGAACAAACCUAGUCCCAGCGGCUCCAUCAUCAACACAGCCUCAGUAGCUGGUCUACGGUCCAACGCUGGCCCUACAGAUUACUCCGCCUCCAAAGCUGCUGUCAUCAGCAUAACUCAAACAUCUGCCUAUCAACUCGCCGGCACUAGCAUUCGUUGCAACGCCAUUUGUCCAGGCAUCAUUGAAACUGGCAUGACGGCAGCAAUGUACAAAGCAGCAAGGGCGAGAGGCAGUGAGAGCAAGAUUGGGCAGUUGAACCCGCUGAUGAGAGGUGCAGUGGCAGACGAGGUCGCAAGAGUCGCCUUGUUUUUGGCUACCGACGAAAGUAGUUAUGUCAAUGGACAAGCCUGGGCUGUUGAUGGAGGUUUGAGUGCUGGCCUGCCAUUCGUACCAGGCAAGUUAGCUUGA